AUGGGUUUCUUCGAUGCAGUGAAGAUUGUGUUCGUGCCUGCGCUGAUAGCAUGUGUGCUAUACGCCCUGCUGGUCUACGCCAUUGGACCAAUGAUACGAGCGUACCGCGAAAAGUACAACCAAUACCUACCUCUCGGCGGUUUCACCGAGCGGACGACCUCCUUUCGGGAAAGGACACUAGAUAGGCUCGCUGGAUUUUUCCUACCUCGAAGACAUCAGGUUGUCAGCGCCGCCGGUCACUCGCGGACGGAGAGUGCCACGGGAGAAGAGUUGACUUUCGAAGAUGAAGAUGGAGACAGAAUGUUCGGCUUCGAUGUGAACAACGGUGGUCAGAGUGGAGCAGGCACAAAUACGAGCAAUGGAAGAAGGGCUGCGUCACCCUGA